CACUGCUCAUGCUCAGAUUUUUUAUCGGUAAAAAAAAAUCGGCCGAUUAGCCCAUUAUUGCCGCGAAAAUCGGCCGAUCGGCCGAUUUUUUUCCAACUUUACAAAAAAAAAAAAAACGGCCAAAAUCCCGAAAAACGGCCAAAUAGCCCACUAACGAUCCGAAAAUCGGCCGAUUUUAUUUUCGGCCGAAAAAUCGGCCGAUUUUCGACCCAUCUAUGGCCUGCAUUAGUGCUAACUUCAGUAAAAAGCACAAGUUAGUAUUAUAUUAAAACAUUUGCGUACAGAUGCG